UUUGAUUUUUUUAAUUGUUCGUAACUAGUACACACUACGGUAUUAAUGUGUUUUAUUUAUUUUUAUUUUAUAAUUUGGUUUUAUAAAAUAAAUUAUACUUAUUAGUUACUUCAUAGGAAUCGGAAAAUCAUUGAUGCGUUAUCGAGUUUGACUUUCGGCAAAAUCAUGUCGUCUACGCAAGAUAAAUCGUUGUUUAAAGAUUCUCAAAUCGUUGUGUCUAUGAUGGAAAAUUUAGGAAUACGCGAAUGCGACGACCAAGUUGUAAACCACCUGUUGGAAUUUAAUAACUACAGAUCCAUAUCACUCAUUUUGGAAGAAGCCAAAUCUUGUGCAACAUUUGCUAAUAAGGACACAAUUGAUGUUAAUGAUAUCCAAAUGGCAAUUCAAAUGGCUAAAGAUGUCGGAUUACCCAGAUCUCCUCCAUCCGAUGUAGGCUUCUCAAAAAACGAAGAUAGCAGAAUAUUUUAGUUUAAAAAUGAGUUGAUAUACUUUUUUUGAAAAUGCUAUCAUGAUGAACAAUUCAGUGAUUCUGGCGAUUGAAGCUGACCUGAACUAACUAUUGACAAACGUGCAAAAUGAAACUAGUGAAUGCAAAAAAUGUAUCAAAAAAAAUAAAUGCAAUAAAUGUAUCAAAAAAAAUAAAUGCAUUGAAUUCUGCCAGUAGAUUGAGAAAACCUAAAAAUGAAUCACAUUUUUCAGCAAAAAAUUACAAACUCAAAACUAGUACGAAUGAUGGAAUAAACAAAUGGAAGAAAAUCAUUGAAAAAACAGCUGCUGAAAUAUUGAAUGUGGCUAUACAAACUAGAGCUAUGGACAAAAUUGAUAUUCUUUCACAAAAUGUUCAAAAUUUGGAUUAUUUACCUGAAUUGACAGAUUUAGACAUUGAAGAAGUUAUUGCAAAUCAACCGAAUAAUGAAGAAGUAAUUACACCUAAAGUCAAUAAUUUUAAUGUAGAUUCUCUAUUAAAUGACCCUUAUUCAUUAUGAUUUAUAAUUUUAAACAUGAAUCUAGUAAUACUCUUGUAAAAUAUUUUUUUUA